GUUUGCACCUUCGUGCGUGCUAUGUGAGUGUCGAACAACUUCUGAGUGGUACCAUCACCAUUGGCCACCGAAAGCCUAGAGUUGGUGAACGCAUGCGCGUUCUUAGCCGUUCCGUGUGCUGCCCGUUCGGUUGCUACAGCGCUGCAGUAUUUUUACUGCGAAGGAUUCGGAAAACGGCGCCUUUGACCGCUCGAUGUCGGGAUUGUUCAUUCAGUCGGGCUUACUGUUUCCAUCGCUCAUGUAGUCGACGUAACCACCGCGGAUUGAUAGGAUUUCAACGCAGCAAGAGCUUCAACGUAUUUUCCUAUUUUUAGUUGCAAUCCGCGAACUCUGUGUUUUACGUUCUGAAAUGCCUGCGUGUGAGUGUGUGUACUAAAGCGUCUUUAAGUGAGGAGAGUGGGUUAGGUGUCACCGUAGUGUUAGUGUCGGCAUUCAUAUAAAGCGUGGAAGCUAUAGCAAUCAGGCGUCUCCAUUUGGUAAGCACCUGGGAAAAAACACAACAAGCUGCAACAAAGAACUAUAACUAAUUUGAAUAUAAAACAUAAGAAGGAUACCGAGAUAAACAAUUACGCUGAUAACGGAAAGUGCCGAAAAGAAAAUUCGGGACCACGUCUGUUGCAAGGAAAACAAUGUUGCCUUGAAUCUUUGGUCAAAGUGAGGAAAGAAUAAUUCUCACUAAUCCUGCAUUCCGUCAGCCCCUGGACAGUGGACAAAAUAAGCGUUACUUUAGCGCGAUUUUCAUCGCAUGCCUUAUCCGAUUGGACCAAGUGAACUGUUAGAAGUCACAGAACCAACCGGCCAAGAAUACACGUAAUCUGACUGAGUGCCAUAACCGGGCAAACUUAAAAACGACGGUGGCGAUUGCAGGCGCGGAAAAGUCCAAACGACGAAAGGAAAGGCAAAGAUUAUCAAUCUGUUAUUCAUCCAAACCAUCCGCGGCGGCAUCAUCCGCUAUGGAUGAGGAGUUGGAACGGAAACUAUGAGCAAUCGUGUGAGGGCUCGAGAGCCCCCAGCGUGGAAGCAACCGAGUGCCAUGCCGCAGGCAAUGUCGGACACGGCAUUUAGUAGCAGCACCAGCUAUUAUAGCAGUAGAAGCCAAGCACCGUUUGGGUUGGGCACUAGCCUUACUAUCAGCAGUAGACGAAGCACCAAGAUGACCGGCGGCAGGAUUUCUCAAUCCGCUUCCUUGCGCUGCAGGCUGCUGCAGUCUUCCGGAAGAUCACUUAUUUCGCGUCGCUUCUUCGCCAACAACCUUUCCGCUACUGUUCCUAUCGUUCUGCUGUUGAUAACAUUUGCCAGCGACUUUGCCUAUCUCAGCGGCAACUCUGAUGGGGGCGGAGUGCUGGCCGAUGAAGUGACCACUACUCCACCCGAAGAAACCUGGACCACAUCUAGUAACGAAAAUGUGGGCACGGGAGAGGCGGCUCCGUUUGAUGCAUCUACUCGCGGUAGUAAAAAGUUUGGUGAUAAAUGUGAGAGCACCACUGAGUGUGGCUUCGCCGGAUCGUUCUGCGAUCCGAAGAAGCAUACAUGUCAGUGUACUGUCGAUUUACCAGCAACUAAUCACAUCGACAAAUGCGGAAAAAAACGACAAGUGAACGAAUCAUGCUUCUUCAGUGAACAAUGCGAAGCUGUGACCGAACAAACCGAGUGUCGUGAUGGAAGAUGUAUCUGCCUUUUCGAGAUGAACCCUUUCUUCAAGCCAGAUGGAAGCGUCGAGUGCCGAGCUCCGAUCAAUAAACCGAUCGAACCGGAGAAGUACAUCGAUCCCGCAAUGAUUGGUGUCCUAGUAGCAAUGGCAGUCAUGUUCAUCAUCAUUUGUGUAGUUCUCCGCUUGUUCAGCAAGGCACGUUGGCGUGAAAAUCGAACGAUCUUCAAUACACCGAACCCGCGAUUGAUGAAUGUUUCGCUUCUACGAGACAACAAACUCCUGCACGGCCAAGAACGACGCGGCUCACGCAUGUCCGUACGUUUACCAUCUCGUCAGCCUAGCAUGGCAUCACUGCGACCGCAUUCACCGAAUGCAUCGAUAGGUAAGAUAGGCUCACGGCGUGGUUCCCGCGGAAGCAGUAAUGCAUCGGCAACUUCCACCAAAUCCAACCGUAGUGCAAACCAUCACAUAAAGGACAACGGUACAACACACCCGAACGAGAGUGUUACGGUUGAGAUCGCGGAGAUUAAAACGUAAAUUGAUAACAGAUAACAGUAGAACAGAACAAUGGGAAAACGAUAAAGAAAAUUACAAAACCGCAAAAGAGCGCCAAAACGGUAAACUAUAUGUAUGUGUAUUUCAUUUUUGAUAUGUUUUGCCUUUAAUUGUGAAGCUCUCCCAAAGCAUUAAUCAAUGCCUCAUAUAUAAGGCAUAAUUUAAAUACUAUGUCCUAUGAACCAUCCGGCUUCCGACAACUUACCAUUUUAGGGACCACAAAACGACGCGUUUCACUAAAGAGCCCAAAACCUUCUAACAGUAGAAGCACAAUUUAGUAAUUGAAUUAGUCGCACGGAGAUCCAAACAAUUGCACACAAACACUGGCUCUAGCGCACGGAUUGUAUUGCAGAUAUUUUUUAACUAAAUAUAGUGCAUAUUUGCUAAAUGAAAUGUUCUGCUGCUGUAAAGGCGAGAGAAGAAAAAACAGCUGAUGGUAGUGAAAUAAAUAUCGAUCUUGCUCCCUGCAAAGAGAAA